UGAUUAGCUUGCUUGGGGACAUUUUUGACAAACGUGCCCAUAGCGGCGUCAGCUGUGGACCUCCAGACUGCUCCGAGAGCCACACUUUUAGCCCUUCUUUACACCUUUUAGUCUGCUCGUCGUAUGACAACUGCUCGGCGGGACAAGGAGCACAAGUAGCGGGGGGAAAUAAGGCAGUAUCAGGUGUCAGCCGCUGUGUGUGUGCGUGUGUUCAAUUUUCCUGGCGCGUGACCCCAACACAUCCCAGGAACCAUGAGCGAGCUGGAACAGUUGCUGCAGGAGGCCGAGCAGCUGCGCGGUCACAUACAGAAUGCCAGGAAGGCGUGCUGUGACUCCACUUUGUCACAGAUCACAGCUGGUCUGGGCCCGGUGAACAAGAUACAGAUGCGUACACGGCGCACUCUGAGGGGCCACCUGGCCAAGAUCUAUGCAAUGCACUGGGGGAGUGACUCCAGGCUCCUGGUCAGCGCCUCGCAGGAUGGAAAGCUGAUCAUCUGGGACAGCCACACCAACAACAAGAUCCAGGCCAUCCCGCUGCGCUCGUCGUGGGUGAUGACGUGUGCCUACGCCCCCUCUGGCAACUUUGUGGCGUGCGGAGGCCUGGACAACAUCUGCUCCAUCUACAGCCUGAGGACCCGCGAGGGCGGCGCGCGCAUCACCCGGGAGCUGGCCGGACACACAGGUUAUUUGUCCUGCUGCCGCUUCUUGAACGACAAUCAGAUCCUGAGCAGCUCUGGAGACACCACCUGUGCAUUGUGGGACAUUGAGACGGCCCAGCAGACGAUAUCAUUCAGUGGCCACACGGGGGACGUGAUGAGCUUGUCCCUCAGCCCGGACUACAAGACCUUUGUGUCCGGCGCCUGCGACAACUCCUCCAAGCUGUGGGACAUCCGUGACGGCAUGUGCAGGCAGUCUUUCAGCGGACACACCUCCGACAUCAACGCUGUCAGCUUCUUCCCCAACGGACAAGCCUUCGGCACGGGCUCUGACGACGCCACCUGCAGGCUGUUCGACCUUCGUGCCGACCAGGAGCUGAUGAAGUACGGCUACGACAACAUCGUCUGCGGCAUCACGUCCGUGUCCUUCUCCAAGAGCGGCCGUCUGCUGCUGGCGGGCUACGACGACUUCAACUGCAACGUGUGGGACACUCUGAGAGGAGAGCGUGCGGGCGUGCUGGCGGGACACGACAACAGAAUCAGCUGCUUGGGCGUGACGGACGACGGCAAGGCGGUGGCCACCGGCUCCUGGGACAGUUUCCUGCGCAUCUGGAACUGAACACUACAUUAUCUUUCUACACAGUGAGGGCGCCUUUACUUUGAAAGUCUUCAUCCUCUUCUACUAGGAUGUCAUUUUUACAUGUGUAUAUAAAUAUGUAUUAUAGUAUUGUGUGUAUUUCCAUCAUCACUGUACUGCAAACACACAAAGUGUCACAUCAUUUGAGUCCUGACUACCAAACAUCACUUUUUUUUUUUUACAUGGAGUUAUGCCGACAACUUCAUUCAAGAAAAACGUGUCAGCAAAAUUAACAAUUCAGUUUGUUACAUUUAGUGUUCAAUUCACUGUCAAACAAGUCAGUGUCAAAUAAAUCACUGUAUAAAAACAUCAGGGUAAAACAUUGUUGAAAGUGUUUUAAAUUCAGUGUAAAAUAAAAAAAAACUGUCUAAAAAUUCAGUGUAAAGAAAUUGUAAAACAAUUCAGUGUAAAGAAAAAUGUGUAAAAAAAAAAUGUAGUGUAAAAAAAUCAUUGCAUAAAAAUUCUGUCAAAAAAAUUGUUGCAGAAAAGUUUUGUGGGAAAAAAUGAGUUUGUAGGAAUUAAAUAUUUACAUUUUGUGUAAAAAAAAAUGUAGUAUAGAAAAUUGUGGGAAAAAAAUCAGUUUGUAGAAAUUAAAUGUUUAAAUUUCCGUGUAAAAAAAAAUGUAGUAGAGAAAAAUUUUGUGUAAAAAAUGUGUUGCAGAAAAAUUCAGUAUCUAAAGUAAACAAUCAGUGUAAUAAAAUGUUAGAACAGUGUUUUGAAUUCAGCGUAAAAUAAAUCACAGUUUAGAAAUUCAGUGUAAAGAAAAAUGUGUAAAAAAAAAUUUAGUGUAAAAAAAUCAUUGCAUAAAAAUUCUGUCAAAAAAAUUGUUGCAGAAAAAUUUUGUGGGGAAAAAUGAGUUUGUAGAAAUGAAAUGUUUAAAUUUUGUGUAAAAAAAAUGUAGUACAGAAAUUUGUGGGAAAUUUGUGGGAAAAAAAUCAGUUUGUAGAAAUUAAAUGUUUAAAUUUCCGUGUAAAAAAAAAAUGUAGUACAGAAAAUUUUAGUGUAAAAAAUGUGUUGCAGAAAAAUUCAGUAUCCAAAGUAAACAAUCAGUGUAAUAAAAUGUUAGAACAGUGUUUUGAAUUCAGCGUAAAAUAAAUCACUGUUUAGAAAUUCAGUGUAAAGAAAUUGUAAAACAAUUCAGUGUAAAGAAAAAUGUGUAAAAAAUGUUGCAAAAAAAUUCAGUGUAAAAAUCACUGCAUAAAAAUAUCAGUGUAAAGAAAAUUGUUGCAAAAAAAUUUUGUGGGAAAAAUCAGUUUGUUGAAGUAAGUGUUUACACAGAUUUUUUUUGCACUGAAUUUAAAGAAAUUCGGUGGAAAGAAAUAUUUAAGGCAGAAAAAUUCAGUGUAAAAAUCACUGCAUAAAAAUAUCAGUGUAAAGAAAAUUGUUGCAAAAAAAUUUUGUGGGAAAAAUCAGUUUGUUGAAGUAAGUGUUUACACAGAUUUUUUUUGCACUGAAUUUAAAGAAAUUCGGUGGAAAGAAAUAUUUAAGGCAGAAAAAUUCAGUGUAAAAAAAAACACUAUAAAAAAAUCAGUGUCAAAAAAAUGUUACCAAAAAAAUCAGUGAAAAAAAAUUGUUAGAGAUUCAGUAUGAAAGAAAAAAAGUGAAAUUAAAAAAAUUACCGCAAAAAAUGUCAGUGUCAAAUAAAAUUCAGUGCAAAAACAAAGACCCACUUCCAGUAAAUUAAGAUUGCACUGAAUAAUUUUUAGUGAAUUUUAACAAACUGAAUUUUUAAACACAUUUUGCUCACAAAUUUGAAUUCAGUGUAAUUGUCAGCUAAAUUUGAUGCAUAAAAACGGAGCUGGAUCCAUUAUGUGUGUCAAAGAAGUGUUGUUGGUAUCAAAGACUCAAAUGAAUGCUUUGCCAGUCCUAAUUAGUGCUUGAUUGGAAGGAGCGGCCUGUGAGGUCAUGUGACCAGGAAGAACAUGGAGGCCAUGAGAACUUGGAAAGGAAACAUCUUCCUCACAAGUUGAAAUGGAUCAAACAUCUCAGCAUCACUUUGUGUCCUCACUAAAUAUUACACAGCAAACUGGACACAUGGAACCAGAAAGCUGACAUUUGUUGUGUGUUUGCUAUAAAAAAUAAACUAUGAAAAAAAAAAAGAUCUGAAGUUGAUCUAAAAAAUGAACAUAAAAAAAACAAAAAAACAUACAAUUUGUAUGACUUAUAUGUAACACUUUUAAGAGUGGGACCCUUUUGGAUCCCCAAGAAUGUUAGUGGGAUUUUUUUUUUUUAAGGUCCAGUUUUCUUUGACAAAAAGGGCAUAAAACAAAAACAUAAAAAAAUAAUAAAUCUGAAGUUGAUUUAAAUGAUAAAAGUAAACAAAUGAAUGACUUAUAUUCUUGGAUGCCCAAAAAUCUUAGUGUGAUUUUAUUUAUUUUUUUCAAACUCAUUGCUCAAAAAUUAAUGAAUCAAAAUCAAUGUUAUGAAUUAUUGAGCUAAUUAAGGCUCCAAUGACUUCACAUCAAAUAUUACACUUUGACAUAUUUUUAGGCCCAAAAUAUUGCAUAUUUUUUGUAUUUGCCAUAAAAAAAAAAGUUUUCUUUGCCAAAAAGGGCAUAAACAAAAACAUUUUUAAAAAAAAUCUGAAGUUGAUUUAAAGAUUUAAAUGAUAAAAGUUUAAGAUUUUUGGGGAUCCAAGAAUAUAAGUCAUUCUUUUUUUUUUUUUUUACUUUUAUCAUUUAAAUCUUUAAAUCAACUACAGAUUUAUUAUUUUUUUAUGUUUUUGUUUUAUGCCCUUUUUGGCAAAGAAAACUUGACCGUAAAAAUGUUUUCAAAAAUCCCACUAACAUUCUUGGGGAUCCAAAAGGGUCCCACUCUUAAAAGUGUUACAUAUAAGUCAUACAAAUUGUAUGUUUUUUUGAUUUUUUUACGUUCAUUUUUUACAUCUUCAGUAUAGCAAACACAAAAUAUGCAACAUUUUAGCCCAAAAAUAUGCCAAAGUGCAAUUUUUAAUGUGACGUCAUUGGAGCCUUAAAUAUGUCAAUAAUUCAUAACAUUGAUAUUGAUUCAUUAUUAUGUUUUGAGCAAUGACAGUUUAAAAAUAAAAUAAAAUCACACCAAGAUUUUUGGGGAUCCAAGAAUAUAAGUCAAUUCUUUUUUUAAAUUUAAUUUCAUCAUUUAAAUUUUUAAAUCAACUACAGAUUUAUUAUUUUUUAUGUUUUUGUUUUAUGCCCUUUUUGGCAAAGAAAACUUGACCGUAAAAAAAUUUCAAAAAUCCCACUAACAUUCUUGGGGAUCCAAAAGGUCCCACUCUUAAAAGUGUUACAUAUAAGUCAUACAAAUUGUAUGUUUUUUUGGGUUUUUUUACGUUCAUUUUUUACAUCUUCAGAUCUAUUUUUUUCAUAGUUUGUUUUUUUAUAGCAAACACAAAAUAUGCAACAUUUUAGCCCAAAAAUAUGCCAAAGUGUAAUUUUUAAUGUGACGUCAUUGGAGCCUUAAAUAUGUCAAUAAUUCAUAACAUUGAUUUUGAUUCAUUAUUAUUUUUUGAGCAAUGACAGUUUAAAAAAUAAAAUAAAAUCACACUAAGAUUUUUGGGGAUCCAAGAAUAUAAGUCAUUCUUUUUUCUUUUUUUUUUACUUUUAUCAUUUAAAUCAACUUCAGAUUUAAAAAAAAAAUGUUUUUGUUUAUGCCCUUUUUGUCAAAGAAAACUUUUUUUAAUGGCAAAUACACAAAAUAUGCAAUAUUUUGGCCCAAAAAAUAUGU